GAAGAACAUACGCAAUUUCUAGUUUAAAACUUAUAAAUUCUUCUUUCUUCAGUCUCCCUCCUUAUAACAACUUCUCUAAUCCUUAAAUUAUUCUUGUUAUCUUUUCCAAAACGCCUUCUCUCUGUUUUUCUUUUGUAUGUUUCUAAUGUACCGAUCAUUAAUGGGUACUGCAAGAUCCAUAAUCUCAUUUAUGCUCGUGCUCUUCUUGCUUUUGACCAUCCCUACUCGAGCUCAAAGAACAACAACGGAGACUCCAAAAACAGAGUUUAUUUUCCGAGGUUUUAGCGGAAACCAAUCAAAUAUUGUGACAACGGGAGCUGCGACGAUCAAACUCGACGGACUAUUGAGGCUCACUGACCGAAACUCAAACGUUACCGGUACAUCUUUCUACCACAAACCUGUGAGAUUGCUGGAGACUAAUACAAGUUCCACAAACUCCACAAUCCGUUCUUUUAGCACUUCCUUCGUAUUUGUCAUCAUCCCUACAAGCUCUAGCAACGGAGGUUUUGGCUUCACCUUCACGCUAUCUCCAACCCCUGAUCGUACCGGAGCCGAAUCCGCACAGUACUUGGGACUUCUCAACAAAGCAAACGACGGGAAUUCGACGAAUCACGUUUUUGCUGUGGAAUUCGACACAGUGCAAGGUUUUAAAGACGGUGCCGAUAGAACAGGCAAUCACAUCGGUCUGAAUUUCAACAGUUUAACAUCUGAUGUCCAAGAACCGGUCGUGUAUUACGACAACGAAGAUCCUAACCGGAAAGAGGAUUUCCCACUACAGAGUGGCGAUCCAAUCCGAGCAAUUUUGGAUUACGAUGGGCCAACUCAAACGCUAAACUUAACUGUCUACCCGGCUAACUUGAAGUCUAGACCCGUAAGGCCUUUGAUCUCGCGACCUGUUCCAAAGUUGUCGCAAAUCGUGCAAGAAGAAAUGUAUGUUGGAUUCACAGCAGCUACAGGGAGAGAUCAGUCGAGUGCUCACUACGUCAUGGGCUGGAGUUUUUCUAGCGGCGGUGAUCUUCUAACUGAAGAUACGCUUGACCUCUUGGAACUUCCUCGUCCGCCUCCGAACACGGCGAAGAAGAGAGGUUACAAUUCUCAAGUACUCGCUCUGAUCGUAGCUCUAUCGGGAGUAACAGUGAUCUUGCUUGCGUUACUCUUCUUUUUCGUGAUGUACAAGAAACGAUUGCAACAAGGAGAGGUUCUUGAAGACUGGGAAAUCAAUCAUCCUCAUAGACUUAGAUAUAAAGAUCUCUACGCUGCUACGGAUGGAUUCAAGGAGAAUAGGAUUGUCGGAACUGGAGGAUUUGGAACCGUUUUCCGAGGAAACUUAUCGUCACCUUCGUCUGAUCAAAUCGCCGUGAAGAAGAUAACUCCGAAUAGUAUGCAAGGUGUUCGAGAAUUCAUCGCAGAGAUCGAGAGUUUGGGGAGAUUAAGGCAUAAGAAUCUGGUCAACCUUCAAGGAUGGUGCAAGCAAAAAAACGAUCUCUUGUUAAUUUAUGAUUAUAUCCCUAACGGAAGCUUAGACUCGCUGCUCUACAGUAGACCAAGACAGAGCGGUGUUGUUUUGUCGUGGAACGCACGUUUUAAGAUUGCUAAAGGAAUCGCGUCUGGUUUGUUGUAUCUCCAUGAAGAAUGGGAAAAGGUUGUGAUUCACAGAGACAUAAAACCUAGCAACGUUUUGAUUGAGGACGAUAUGAAUCCUAGGUUGGGAGAUUUUGGACUCGCGAGGCUUUACGAACGCGGAUCGCAAUCGAACACGACCGUAGUCGUGGGCACAAUUGGGUACAUGGCACCAGAGCUAGCACGCAACGGCAAAUCUUCGUCUGCGUCUGAUGUUUUUGCGUUUGGCGUUUUGUUAUUAGAGAUAGUCUCCGGGAGAAGACCGACUGACUCAGGGACAUUCUUCUUGGCCGAUUGGGUUAUGGAAUUGCACGCGAGAGGAGAGAUUCUCCAUGCGGUGGAUCCGAGACUUGGAUUUGGUUACGACGGCGUUGAGGCACGGCUUGCUCUUGUUGUGGGAUUGCUCUGUUGCCAUCAAAGACCGACGUCUCGGCCGUCCAUGAGAACGGUGCUUAGGUAUUUGAACGGAGAUGAUGAUGUACCUGAAAUUGAUAACGAUUGGGGAUACUCGGAUUCUUCAAGAAGCGAUUUAGGAUCCAACUUUGAAGGAUAUGUUUCAUCGGAUAGGGCUUCGAGCUCAGUCCCAUCUUUCUCCGUUACAAGGGUUUCUUCUAGUUCUGUUAUCAGUGGUAGAUAGUACAAAGUCAAUUACUUCGAGUUUUUUUCUGUUGUAACUUAUAAGCAAUAACAGUAGUACAAAUUUUGUUUUUCACUUCUUAUGGUAUUUUUGGUAUUUAGCAUUCAAACGGCUAGUUUAACAAAAGCGUAUAGCUAAGAGCGG